CGGCGUCGCGGGGCCAUGUCGACUUCGGGGACCCUGAGCAAUUACUACGUGGACUCGUUCCUGCUUCACGAGAGCGAAGAGCUGGUGCCGGCCCGCUACGGCCCCGGCGCCCUGGCGCAGCCCGCCAGGCAGCCGGCGUUGGGGGAGCACCCGGACUUCAGCCCGUGCAGCUUCCAGUCGAAGGCGUCGGUGUUCGGCACUUCCUGGAACCCGGUGCACCCGCCGAGCGCCAACAAUGUGCCCGCCGUGUACCACCCCUAUGUGCAUCACCAGGCGCCCGUAGCGGCGGCCCCUGACGGCAGGUACAUGCGUUCCUGGCUGGAGCCCAUGCCAGGCUCUCUGUCCUUCCCGGGUUUGCCUUCCAGCAGGCAUUACGGCAUUAAACCUGAACCGCUCUCGGCCAGAAGGGGUGACUGUACCACGUUUGACACUCACACUUUGUCUCUGUCUGACUAUGCUUGUGGUUCUCCUCCAGUUGAUAGGGAUAAGCAGCCCAGCGAAGGUGCGUUCUCGGAAAACAAUGGAGACAGUGAGGCCAGCGGGGACAAACCACCCAUCGAUCCGAACAACCCAGCUGCGAACUGGCUGCACGCAAGAUCCACCCGAAAAAAGCGCUGUCCCUACACCAAGCACCAAACGCUAGAACUGGAGAAGGAAUUCUUGUUUAAUAUGUAUCUCACCAGGGACCGCAGAUAUGAAGUGGCAAGACUCCUCAACCUCACCGAAAGACAAGUCAAAAUAUGGUUUCAAAAUAGAAGAAUGAAAAUGAAGAAAAUUAACAAAGACAGAGCAAAGGACGAAUAAUGUGACCCAGGUUGAUAGGAAGGCUGGGGGAAGAUCUUCCCCCGCUCCAUUCCUUCCCCCCUCCCCAGCCUCCACGAUCCCCAAACAAUACGACUGUAUCCAGGCCUCAUUCCCUCCCCUUUCCCUUCUUUCCCUCUUCCCCAAUCCCUAUCAUUCAUAAGAGUGUACCUUGUCACGGUAGCACGGGGGUCUUGCCCAGGCUGUGGCGGAGGUACUGUAAGCUUUUUCAUUUUCUAUCCUAGGACAAAAAAAAGGGGGCAUUAGUGCUGUAUGACUGUGUGUGUUGGCUUGUAUUGAAAAAAAAAAAGAAAAAGAAAAGAAAAUAAGAAAUCUACCUGUUCCUUACCUAUGGAAAAAAAUUAACUACCUUUUUCCUAAUGCACAACUCUCUGGACAGACUGUAGAGUGUAAUGUGUGUAGUUCUUUGAUUUGCUCUGUGCGCAGCGGAGACGGCUGCUGUAAUACUUGAACAUGUGUUUGUUUGUGGUUAAUCAUUGUUCGUGAAUCCACUUUUGUGCUCGGGUGCCGGCCCUACCGGUUGUCAUCCCGGACGCUAGGAAUCUCAUUCGAACUCAGGUUGUUGAGGAGAAAUGUGGCAAAGGGUCUAGCUCUGUAGUGUAAUAAGUCUUUCUUCUGUAUAACUAGACAGUUCACCUUUGAUUGUAAUAUAAAUAGAGAGAGUAUAUAAAAUAAUAUCACCCCAGUCAAAGAAAAAAAAUUAAAAGAAAAAAAGAAACAAACAGAAGCUCGUUGGGCUGGGAGGGAAUCCGUGGACUCCAUAGCCUCUCCCCAACGUCUUUCCAAUUGGGACAUUUUAGUCUGUACAGUUGAUCUCUAGUACUGUCUUGUCAGUUGUAUAUAAUCUAUAUAUUAAAGGGAAAAAAAAAAGUAAAUACUCAGACGAGCUUGAAUCUUGUUUUUGCACCAGUGAAGCCGUUUUCAGAUUUAGGAGUUAUUUGUCCACGUGAAGAAGGUAACUAACUACCUAUAGUUUACGUUUAAUUUUAAUGAGGGGGGAACGAAUGCUUAUUGUAAUGGAGUUAAUUUUAUUGAUAAUAAAUUAUGCGCUAUGAAACCUGCCAUUGGGCUAUCGUAGAUUUGUAUCACUUGAAAUUCGAGAACUUGUGUUGAGACAGAACAAUAAAUACACUGUAUAUUUUGCAAGAGUUACCUCAUGGCCUA